UAUUUAUAGCAGAUAAUGGUUGUGAAGAUAAAACCUGUGAAGAAAGAGAGUUAUUUCACUCAUGUGGACUGCAUCAUCUCUUCUCCCAUUCAGGACAAGCUCAUUGUGUCAACUAAUCUGUGCAAGAAAUAUCUUGUAGAUGUUAAAAGUGGCAUCCUAUCAUGCAGCAUACCAUCAUGUAAAAUCCCUGCCAUUGAGGAUCAACGAAUUUAUAAAUACUCAGAGCAUAGAGAAGUAUAUGCCCUUGCAACUAAUUCUGGAGUUUCUAUCUGCAAAUGGGACAAUAUUGUGUCCUCACCUGGCUCCAUAGAAUCAGACACAUCAUUCUACUCUGUUGACUGGAUUGGUGACAACAUAAUCUCAGGUGGAGACAACGGUAAACUGAUUGAAGUAGACGGUAAUACCGGUACUUUAAUUAACAAUUAUGAUGGUCACAGUGGAUCAGUGAAUGUAGUGAGGAAAAGAGACCAGAACACAUUCGUAUCUGCUGGAUUUGAUGGAAUCUGCAGGAUUUGGGACCGGAGGAGCAAGGAAGUUGAGCAACAGUUCACACCGUCAAGCUGGCAAAAAGCCAAGAGGAGUAAACUAGGAUGUCACAUAACUUGUCUAGAUGUUUGGGAUGAUUGGGUGGUAUGUGGGGGUGGUCCUAACCUCUCUUUGUGGUACCUCAAAGAAGAGAGUGGGAUAGCCCUGUUGGAUAUGGGGGAUGCAGUACCAUCAGUUGUUCGCUUCAUGCCAGAUACCAUUGUAGCUGCAGGAAACUCACCUUAUCUCAUGCACUGGGGAUUAUCAGGAAAACUCAAAUAUAAGGUGACCAGUAAACUAGAAUCAGUGAAAGACAUAUCAGUUAACACUGUUGCGAGAGAACAGCCUGUACUUCUCGCUGCCGGUACUCCUUCAGAUAUAAAUGUGUUCUUAGACCUUGGUUAUCUUAGUCACACUGUACCCUUUUUAGUGUAGUAUUUGAUGAUGCAUGUUGUGAAAUUGCUUGACUUGCUUUCAAUUCUUUUGCAAGAUAAAACUGAUAAAUUUCAACUUAGAUUAUAAAAACUUAAGAACUGAAACACGUUUAUUUAUCAGGCCUGAUAUUUUUUGGACCACGGAAAGAUUUUUAUUUGAAAGCUUGUAUAAUAUUAAUGCUGCUCAUGCCAAAUUAUUCUAUUUAAAGAUGUUAUUCACAAACACCUAAUAUUUUACACUCGAACCAGUCUUUGCCAGAAAUUAGGUCUUGUCUUCUCACGAGUAUCAAUAUUUGAAUAAUUGAAUUUUAUGAUGUUGAAUGUUUAUUAAUUGAGUAAAACUUCAAAAACAGUUUGAAUAGAGCUUUUUUAUGGAAC